UUGAGAGCUCGCCCGGGAGGCGGCUGAGAAGGAGAGGAGGAAAGCGGAGGAAGAAGUGAACGGGAACAAGUGGAGGACUUGCAUUUUAAGUAUACUGCUCAAAAAAAAAAAAAAAAAAAAAAAGCGAGAGACGAGAAGGAAAGAGAGAGAGUCACCGGAGAGUGAGAGUGGGAGAAAUUGCAUUCCCAUCACGUCUUCAUUUCUCCUCUCUUUUGCCUCAGACACUGAGAGAGAAGAAGAAGAGAGAGAGAGGCAAAGAGAACGAGGGAGGGGGAGAAAGAAAGAGCAAAAGAGAGAUCUAACAAGAUUCAAACUAGUGGUCCUUUUUUUCCAGAUGUUUUCCAAUUGCAGUGCGAAACUAAGCCCGGCAUCGGAUGGUGAGCGGGACGCACCGGGCACCAACAGGACACACCGCAGGAGGACAUGUGAAGUUGGAAUCCCACUAAACUAAUGCUGUGAAGUGGCUCUCUCCCUGGAGCCAAGACUUCAUCCCCUCGGUGUCAGCGAGGAUGCUGUGGGUUACCUUGCUGAGCACCAUAGCCUUAGGAUGGACCACCCCGAUCCCACUGCUGGAGGACUCCGAGGAGAUCGACGAGCCCUGCUUCGAGCCCUGCUACUGCGAGGUCAAAGAGGGCAUCUUCCACGUCCACUGUGACAGUAAAGGAUUUACAAAUGUCAGCCAGAUCUCCCAGAUAUGGAGCCGGCCCUUCAAGCUCAACCUACAGAGAAACUCCAUGCGGAAGCUUUACUUUAACAGCUUCCUCCAUCUUAACAACGCCAUAUCCAUUAAUCUGGGUAAUAAUGCCUUGCAAGAUAUCCAUGCUGGAGCAUUCAACGGCUUAGGAAUACUCAAACGACUGUUCCUACAUGAAAACAAACUGGAGGUUUUUCGCAAUGACACUUUCCUGGGUUUGGAAAGUCUAGAGUAUCUUCAGGCAGACUACAAUGUUAUCAAAAGGAUUGAAAGUGGUGCAUUCAGACACCUCCACAAGUUGAGAGUGCUCAUAUUAAAUGACAAUCUGAUUCCUGUGCUCCCAAAUUAUCUUUUUCGUUCUGUAUCACUCACACAUCUGGACUUAAGAGGAAACAGGCUAAAGACUCUGCCUUACAAAGGCACAUUGGAGUAUGUGGGGCGGAGCUUAAUGGAAAUCCAGCUGGAGGAGAACCCUUGGAACUGUGUUUGUGAGAUUGUCCAGCUAAAGACAUGGCUGGAGAGGAUACCCUAUACAGCCUUGGUAGGUGAGAUCACAUGUGAGUACCCGUUCCACUUACACGGGAAGGACUUGAGGGAAAUCAAACGCAGUGAGCUCUGUCCUCUGCUCUCUGAUGCAGAGAUUGAGGCCAAACUGGGAAUUCCCCGAGUUCCUUUCAGCAAUGAGAACACAUGGCCUACAAAACCUUCCUCUAUGCUCUCCUCCUUUCACAACACAGCCUCUUCUGUGGAAAACAAGGAAAAAGUUUUCAAACCUACAAAACGACCUCGGCCCACAAAGAAUCCCCCAACCCCACGUAGCAUCUACCCAGGUAUCAACCAGCCUCCCAUUGCUGGUUACCAAACAAGGCCUCCAAUUCCAAUCAUUUGUCCUGCUGGAUGUAUUUGCAAUCUUCACAUCAAUGACCUGGGACUAACAGUGAACUGUAAAGAGAAAAGCUUUCACAACAUUUCAGAGCUCCUGCCACGUCCCCUUAAUGCCAAGAAAUUGUACCUCAGUGGAAACCUAAUACAGAAAAUCUACCGUUCCGAUUUCUGGAACUUCUCCAGUUUGGAUUUAUUGCAUUUAGGCAACAAUAGGAUAUCAUAUGUCCAGGAGGGCGCCUUCAUCAAUCUACCAAACCUAAAAAGCUUAUAUUUAAAUGGGAAUGACAUUGAAAGACUUACACCUGGGAUGUUUCGGGGCCUUCAGAUGUUGAGUCACCUUUACUUUGAGUAUAAUGUUAUUCGUGAGAUACAACCUAACUCCUUUUCCCUAAUGCCAAAUCUCCAGCUGGUUUUUCUCAAUGACAACCUGUUGCGCUCCCUCCCCAGUGAUACUUUUGCUGGCACAAACCUUGCACGUCUCAGCCUCCGCAACAAUUAUUUCCUGUCCUUGCCUGUACCUGGCGUCUUGGAGCAUUUGACCUCCAUCGUCCAGAUUGAUCUUCAUCAGAACCCCUGGGACUGCUCAUGUGAUAUCAUCCCCUUCAAGCUAUGGCUGGAAAAGCUCUCCUCUGUCAUUGUGGUUGGAGAUGUGAUCUGCAAAACACCAGAGUUUGCGUCUGGGAAGGACCUACGUUCCCUUGAGGUUGAGGUCAUCUGUCCGGAGCUUAAAUACUCUUCAAACCCCUCUCCAGCCCUGCCUGGUGGGGAUGACCUCACCACAGGAAGCUCCGAUAUGGGAGAGGCAGGUGCAAGAGGGGCGGUUCCACUCUCAGUCCUCAUCCUCAGCCUACUCAUACUCUUUAUCUCGGCUGUGUUUGUGGCUGCUGGGCUUUUCGCCUUUGUUCUUCGUCGAAGAAAGAAGCUGCCUUUCCGGAAACGUUCUGAGGUGGAUCUGACAGGGAUUCAAAUGCAGUGCAGGAUUUUUGAGGAUCCACCCAGACAGAGCAGUGCUGGGAACAAUGGCACGCCAGAGAAACCAACAUCCAGUAUGCACACACACAGCCAUGCGAGUCACACACAUGCCCAUGGCCACGUUUAUGAUUACAUCCCCCACCCUGUGACUCAGAUGUGUAACAACCCCAUCUAUAAGCCCAGAGAGGGGGAGAUAGCAGAGGAGGAGCGCGCACAGUUUUCAGAGAAGAAAGACAAUGGCAGCAGUAGCAACAGUAACUACAGAACCUUGUUAGAGAAAGAGAGAGAGUGGACCCUGGCUGUCUCCAAUUCUCAACUCAACACCAUCGUUACAGUCAACCACACCACAGCUGACAUGUCAGGAUUUCAUGAGAAUGGAGGGCUUUGCCCGACAGUGAUUGACAGUCAGCGGCCCACACCGACCGUGGGAUUUGUAGACUGUUUGUAUGGGACAGCACCCAAACUAAAGGACAUGCAUGUGGCGCAUGCACAUCCACCUGGCAUGCAGUACCCAGAUUUGCAGCAAGAUGCACGACUGAAGGAGACAUUGCUUUUCACGGCGGGGAAAGGCUGCUACCCCGACCCGUCCCAAAGCGAUUACCUCGAGUUAAGGGCCAAACUUCAAACCAAGCCGGAUUACCUCGAAGUCUUGGAAAAAUCUUACCGAUUUUAACAGCUCUAGCCCAUGGAGAAAAACAAAAAACAAAAAACAAAAAAACGGAAAGUCAACAUAUUCACUUUGCCACCCUCAAAACAGAAACACCAAUACAAAAAAUUAACUUGAAAAAGCAGCAUGAUAUAAAAUAUUAUAUUACAGUCACAAUGUUUCCCCCCAAAUCACUUUGGAGGAGAGGCCAUUCUCAGAUAUUUCAAUUAAGUGCCUUUUUUUCAGAGUAGCCAGCAAUGUCAACAGUCGUUAUUUUUAUAUUAUAUAAAUAUCUCUAUAUGCCCAUGAGAGAGCAAAAGAGGAACAAGAGGGGCACUGGGGAAUAAAAGUCUACAAACCAUCCUACAUCUGUCACUAAAAUCCAUUUUUUUUGGAGUUACCUUGAAGACGCACGGGAGCUGGACGUCUCCCUGACUUGGGGUUUUUCUUUCUGUCUCUUUUACCCCUGACUAGGAUGUACAAACACCCAGAGGCUGUGCACAUGAAGUUUGUAGGAAACGAUCAAAACAGAGAAAAAAAAAAAAAUAUAUAUAUAUACAUAUAUUAAAAAUGAACUGCAGUUUGCUGCAUGCACUCGCUUCAGUGCAGGAAGUGAGAGGAUUUAUUCAGAACUAUCAUAUCACAUUAUGAACAGAGAUACUGCAACGCAUUUACAGUUCAGUGUUCUAUUUAAUUUUUAUAUCUUAUUAAUAUGGUUAUUAUUAUUAAUGAGGACUUCUGUCUACAUCAGGGUGCUUCUCAUAAAAAGGAUGCGCCGACGCACGGAUGGUAAAACAUUUGUGAAUAUUAUUAUAAGACAAUGCCGAAGGUUUUUCUGGAUAUUUCCACACACUUUGUUAAGACCCCACCACACCUCCAUUGCUUCUGGAUUCCCCAUCUCCACCCACUAACGGCUUUGUAGGAGGCACUUUUAAUGUUUUCUCUCUCACAAAGAUUUGAAGAAAAUGUGCAUAUAUUUAUUCUGUAAUUUCAGUGAAGAAUUUAAUUGUAAAGGUAAUGUUAAAUCAAUGUAUAGUGAUUAUGCGUCUGGUAUAGCCUUCUUAAUAAAAACAAACUCUUCAAUCAAAUGAUGAAAGGGUUGUUGCCACAGGAA